AUGAAAAGACAUACGCUUCACAGGAAGGAAUUAUCAAAACAACUGAGAAAAGAUCACAAGAAACAAAUUAUUCAUUGGUUUCACUUCAAAAAUCCGGACAACACUUUUGUCGUACCUCAUAACAUUAAGCUUCUGAAGAAGUACGAAGCUCAUAUUAAUGUUGAAUGGUGUAAUCGUACAAGCGCGGUGAAAUACUUAUUCAAGUACAUAACCAAGGGCGUUGAUCGAGCAACAGCUGUGAUUGAGAAAGGAAAUACAACAACUACCUCUGACGCCACGGGAUCCGGAGGACCAAAGGAGAAAGUCGUCAAACAACGCAAUGAGAUCCAAGACUACAUCGAAGCCCGAUAUUUAUCAGCUUGUGAGUCUAUGUGGCGGACUUUCGCAUUCCACAUACACAAAAGAAAGCCAUCAGUUGAGAAGCUUAUCAUUCACUUAGAAGGUGAACGAAAAAUUACGGUUAAAUCAACAGAUAACCUCGACCGUGUAAUCCGCAAACCAGGUAUCGAGAAGACAAUGUUCACUGAAUGGAUGGUUUUAUGCAGAAGGUCAGAGUUUGCGCGGACACUAACAUAUGUGCAGAUUUCUGAAUAUUUUAUAUGGAACAAUAGUGCUAAGGUGUGGACUGAACGUAAGAAAGGAAAAACCAUUGGCCGAGUCGUAGCUGUCCAUCCUUCAGCAGGUGAUCAAUACUAUCUAAGGGUCCUAAUUAAUAAGAUUAAGGGUCCUAGAAGUUACGACGAGCUAAAAACAUACAACGAUGUGAAAUACCCUGACUUCAAAUCAGUUUGCCACGCACGAGGCUAUUUGGACAAUGAUGUUGAAUGGCUCGAGAGUAUGUCAGAGGGUGCUCGAACGGCCACCCCAUACCAGCUCUGUGAUAUGUUUGUCACAUUCCAAAAAAAUUGCUUCGUUGCAAGCCCUAAAGGACUAUGGGAACACUCAUGGAAAUCAAUGAGCGAGGACAUACUUCACAAGAGACAAAAGAUCUUAGGUCACUUUGUGGACCAAGAAAUGGAUUACGAUGUUGCCGAGGAAACGCUAAGACAUGAGAAGCAGUACAACUUACUUAAUGCUGAGCAGCGUGAGAUCUAUGAAUCAGUCUUAGAUUCUGUUGAUAAAAAAGAGGGAAAACUUUUCUUUGUAUAUGGCGCAGGGGGCACAGGAAAAACAUUCCUAUACCAGACUAUUAUAUCCAGACUUCACUCAAGAAAACAAAUUGUUCUACCAGUUGCUUCUUCGGGAAUAACCGCAUUGCUACUACCAAACGGGAGAACAGCUAAUUCUCGCUUCAAUAUUUCGUUGAAGCUCGACGAAGAUAUGCUCUGCAACAUCAAACCAGGUACAAUGCUAGUUGAACUAAUUGAGGAAACGCACCUCAUUAUUUGGGAUGAGGCACCUAUGACACACAAGCAUGCUUUCGAAGCAUUAGACAAGACGUUGAAGGACAUAAUGUCUAUGAAAAAUCCAUCUGCAAAGAAUCAGCCUUUUGGCGGCAAAACAAUUAUGUUAGGUGGUGAUUUCAGACAGAUCCUACCAGUCAUUCCACAAGGAAGUAGAGCUGAUACUGUUUUAGCUUCGAUAAGCCAUUCAUAUCUAUGGAAUAGCUGCCACAAGUUCUCUUUGAAAAAAAAUAUGCGAGUCAAUCAGGAUGAGAAAGAGUUUUCUGAGUGGCUUCUCAAGGUCGAGGAAGGACGUCUAGAAUCAGGACAAGAAUAUGAGGAUGAUGGCUACCAUGACCAAUUCAUAAAUAUCGAUGAAUCUUUGAUUUCUCAGAGUUUUGUUGACCCACUAGAAUGA